GAGCGGGACGGACCCGCGAGCCCGGAGCGCGGGGCUCGGCUCUCCUGCGCUCUGUGGCUGACAGUGUGACCUUGGGCGAGUCUCGCCCGCUGGGCCUCAGCUUUCCUAUUUGCAGCAGGGAGUUGGGGCGGGAGGUGAACUUAAUGAGCUGCUAUCCCCGGCCCAGCUCGCGUCGUGAGGCUUUGUGACUUUCUGGGCAGGGUGGAGUCAUGGAGGGUCUUUAACAGCCCCCACAGGCCGCUGCUCCCCACGGGUUUUGGCCAUGAGUUCUGGAGGGAGGAAGCAGGAAGCAGCAGGGCCCAGGAGUAGAAGGGCUCACCGACCCCCGGGACAGGUGCGCCCCUCGCGCCCUCACCUCCACCCCCAUGGUGGACGGGGCGGUACGGGAGCUCUGGCUCCCUGGGAAAUGCUGCUGGGUGGGACUGGGGGCUGAUGGAUCAUACUAUCCUCUGGAGAGCAGAGGGACUCCUCUCCCUCUGGUCUCCCCCUGAUGCAGGUCACUCAGAGUUCAGGGUGGGCAGCAGGGCAGGGGAUCAUGUCUGAACUCUUGCAGGACCGAGAUGUGCAACUGUCCAAGGCUCUGUCCUAUGCCCUGCGCCACGGGGCCCUGAAGCUGGGGCUUCCCAUGGGGCCUGGCGGCUUCGUGCCCUUGAGUGCCCUCUUGCAGCUGCCUCAGUUCCGCAGCUUCUCAGCUGAAGAUGUGCAGCGUGUGGUGGACACCAAUGGGAAGCAGCGUUUCGCCUUGCAGCCGGGGGACCUCAGCACCGGCCCCCUCAUCCGAGCCAAUCAGGGUCACUCCUUGCAGGUACCUGAGUUGGAGCUGAUGCCCCUGGAGACCCCACAAGACCUGCCCCUGGUGCUCGUCCAUGGCACAUUCUGGCAGCACUGGCCCUCCAUCCAGCUUAAGGGCCUGUCCUGCCGGGGAAGGACACACAUCCACCUGGCCACAGGACUGCCUGGGGACCCUGGUGUCAUCAGUGGCAUGCGGCCAAACUGCCAAGUGGCCGUGUUCAUCAAUGGGCCCCUCGCCCUGGCAGAUGGAAUCCCCUUCUUCCGCUCUGCCAAUGGGGUGAUCCUGACUCCAGGAAAUGCUGAUGGCUUCCUGCUUCCCAAGUACUUCAAGGAGGCCCUGCAGCUGCGGCCUACCCGAAAACCCCUCUCCCUGGCUGAUAAUGAAGAGACAGAGUGUCAGAGUGGCCCCAAGCACAGCUCCAGAGAAAGAAGGACGAUCCAACAAUAAAAUAUUUAUUUUAAAAAAAUGUAAAAAGAAACUCUAGUCUGAAACCAUGAAUUAUCCUGUA